CUGUGUGGAGGAGUAUAGGCUGUGCUGUCAGCCCAGUGUCAGUCUGAUGAAGAUUGGCAUGCAGGUUUUGUGUGGAGACUUGGAUAUUGGGCCACAGAGCAGAGAAAACCUCAGAAAGCUGCUGCGUUGCUGUGGGCAAGCCAACAUCUAAAUGUGAAGCUAUCCCAUGAUGCAACAUGUGUCCCCAGCACCUGCAGUGACAAUGAUGGCCACCCAGAGUGUUCCUCCACCAUCGUACCAGGAGAGCCAACAGAUGACGGGCACCACUCAGCAGAACACCAAGACCCCACAGGUCCAUAUCCCAGCAGCCUCUGCAGCAGGAAAUACCUCUGUCAGUGUGACCCUUGACCCCCAGGCCCAGCUUGAGUCCGACAAGAGGGCCGUUUACAGACAUCCGUUGUUCCCACUGCUGGCGUUGUUGUUUGAGAAAUGUGAGCAGGCCACGCAGGGAUCCGAAUGCAUCACAUCAGCCAGCUUUGACGUGGACAUUGAAAACUUUGUGCACCAGCAGGAGAGAGAACACAAGCCCUUCUUCAGUGAAGACCCAGAGCUGGACAACUUGAUGGUAAAAGCCAUUCAGGUGUUGCGAAUCCACCUAUUAGAGUUAGAGAAGGUCAAUGAGCUCUGUAAAGAUUUCUGCAACCGUUACAUCACCUGCCUCAAGACCAAGAUGCACAGCGACAAUCUCCUUCGUAACGACCUGGGAGGACCCUACUCUCCAUCACACACCAGUCUCAACAUGCAGCAGGAACUAAUUCAGACCUCCUCUCCAUCCAUGACCUCUGUCUCCAGCUCUGUUAACCCUUCAGGGAUUGUGGUGCCCGCCGGGGGUCUGCAACAGGGCAAUGUCGCCAUGACUACCAUCAACUCUCAAGUGGUAUCAGGUGGGACCCUGUACCAGCCGGUUGCCAUGGUGACAUCGCAAGGGCAAGUGUUAACGCAGGCGCUGCCGCCGGGAACCAUUCAGAUCCAGAACUCACAGGUAAACGUGGACCUGUCCUCCCUGUUGGACAGCGAAGACAAGAAGUCCAAGAAUAAGAGGGGGGUCCUGCCCAAACAUGCCACUAACAUCAUGCGCUCCUGGCUCUUUCAGCAUCUCAUGCAUCCGUACCCAACAGAAGACGAGAAGAGGCAGAUUGCAGCACAAACAAAUCUAACCCUUUUGCAAGUGAACAACUGGUUCAUCAACGCUCGCCGGCGUAUCCUCCAGCCCAUGUUGGACGCUAGUAACCCAGACCCGGCUCCUAAAGCCAAGAAGAUGAAGUCCCAGCACCGUCCAACGCAGCGCUUCUGGCCUGACUCCAUCGUGGCCGGAGUCCUGCAGACGCACAGAUCAGGAAACAACUCAGACAACCCACUGAGUAUGGACAGCCUGCAGUCGCUGUCCUCAGACUCUGCCACCCUGGCCAUGCAGCAAGCUAUGCUGGGAGCUGACGACUCCAUGGACGGCACCGAAGAAGAGGAUGAAGAGGAAGAGGAGGAGGAAGAGGAGGAAGGAAUGGAGGAGGAAGAAGAGGAGGAGGACGGAGAGGAGGAAAAUGACAGGGGGAGGCAAAUGUCCAGCGGAGGAGGUGGAAGGAGAGAUCUGCGCAUGGAGCACAGAGAGGAACUGGAAUUUAGCUACGGCGUGAACUCCACGGCCAAAGUCUGGAUGCAGCUUCAUCCUCAGCAGCCCCGUCUCCCCCCACACCCCCCACCAAUGGACCAGCCCGACUCCCAGCUGAAGAAGGAGGAGUUCAAAAUGUCCAUCGCCCAGGCGGCGGCCAAGGCCAUGCUAUCUGAUGCCCUGCUGCAGGGAAGCCCCGGGAUAAACCGGAUCAGCCACCUGGAGCUGGAGCUUCCUCUGGACAAGGUCAUCAAGUUUGUGUCUGUCGGCCUUCCGCUCAUGCUGGUGUGCAUGGCCUUCGCCCGCGAGAUCUCCCUGGGGCCUCAGAUCAGCUGUUUCCCUCCCAGCAAUUUCACCGUCAAGCAGGCCAGCUAUGUCGACACAUACUGCUGGGACUCCCUCAUGCAUCAUGAGUUUGACAGCGAUGGGAACUUCGAGGAGCGCUCGCUCUGGGUACACAAAAUGUUUCCUUACUCUCUCCUGGCCAUGGCGGUGUUGAUGUACCUGCCGGCUCUGAUCUGGCGCCAGCUCGUCAUGCCCUCGCUGGGCUCAGACCUGCUCUUUAUAAUUGAUGAACUGGACAAGUCAUACAACCGCUCGAUCCGACUGGCCCAGAACAUUUUGGAUAUGCGCCAGAACACUAAGAACCCCCUCACAUUUCAGGCUGAGCUGCAAAGGGCAAAGAAGAAGCGGUACUUUGAGUACCCUCUCCUGGAGAGAUACAUGCAGUGCAAACAAAACUCCUACUUUCUGGUAAGCAUGCUCUUCCUGCGGGGCUUCCUCCUGCUGACCUUCAUGACAGCUGCCUGUCUCUACCUGGCCUACUUCCACCUCUCCGCCUUCAUGCAGGACGAGUUCAGCUGCUUCGUGCGCACGGGCAUGCUGCGCGAUCACAACUGGGUUCCCGAGCUGAUUCAGUGUAAAAUGAUUGGCCAGUUGGUUUUUCAGGUGAUCAGUGUGGCCAACGGAGCCAUUUACGUCCUGCUGGCUCCGAUCGUCCUCUUCAGUCUGAUUCGACUCUUUGUUUGGGACACGUCCUUCUUCUCCGUCUACGAGGUCCUCCCUGCUCUCGACAUCAUCAACCGCCGCAGACUUGGCUGCCCGCUGAAUGACCUCAACGUCCUCCUGCUGUUCUUGCGCGCCAACGUUGCCCACCUGAUGUCUUAUGGAAAGGUGAGGGCGCUGUGCUCGCUGGCGCCACCACAGGUGGGCAGCGCCACAGCGACGCAGGGUUUGGAUGCAAUGUUGACCCAAGAGGAGAUGGAAGAGCGUGAGGAGGCUGCGAUGGAGCUGGCAGAGGAGGUGGAGGAGGCCAAGGAGGAAGGGAAACUCAACCUGGUGGAUAUCAUGACUAUUCUGGGAGCGGCGCAGGGACGAGUGGUGAACUGCAGCGAGAAGAGGCCUCUGGUGGAGGAGAAUAUGAGUCUCGAGCCAAACCACCAGGGGUACCAUGAGUUGAAGGAGACUGGACCAUUUAGUCAUUACUAGGCCUCCUAUGGACUGAAUCAAUGUGAUUACAGUGGGGGGGUUGGGUCGCUCUACAGUAGUACUGUACCCACAAAGACUGUGGACAUCAAUCAAGGGUUUCUGCUGUCUGAAGAAAAAAGAAAAGAAAAACUCUUUUAGAAUUACAGGGCAAAUAGGUCUGGCGAGAAAUGUCAAUGAUUUGAAUUUGUCACUUUUUAAGCAUGUGUGAAUGUGUAGCUGCCACAGAUGAUCUUCCUGUCUCUUACUUUGAGCCAGUGUAUUUUUUAAGGAGGUCAGUGAUGAUAGAAGGUGAGCACGCAAGUGAAAGUGGCUGUCGUAGUUAUGGUGCAAGAACACAAAGCAUGAGCGGGUAUUAAUAUUUAGAAAACAAUAUUUGUCGCCAUGAUAUGAUAAAAUUGCACAUUUGUGAGAAAUCAAAGAACUGAAAGUAUGUGUAUGUACGUCCAGUGAGAGGCAGAAAGACAU